AUCCCCUUUGGGUACUUUUAUUUUGAGAAUAUACAAAAAACUAUACCGUUCCAUAUGUUCAUUAGAGUUUCGUGAUUUUUGUGAUCUUGCCAGGCUACAUUUGUUGCAUUAAUGUGCUGGGUCGACACUACACUUGGUAGUCCUAGCUGGACGGUAACAUGCUGUUCCGGCUCUGAUCAUGCAAGUUUUAGAGUGGGGUGUAUGGUUAUUUCUGUUGUUAAUAAAUGUAGAUAAAAUGUCAGGAUGUUUUCUAUGCGGGGUAGAGUCUAGCCUUUGUACUGUAUGUAACAGUGUUCAGGCAUGUGAACAACAUUAUAGUGUACAUAAACCUUCAGGGUCUUCAUGUAGAAAGUUUCGAGUAGAGAUUCAGGAAGGGAAGGGAAGAACAUUGGUAGCAACUCAACAAAUAAAGGCAGGCGAGGUUGUUUUAGUUGAUACGCCCCUGGUUCAAGGUCCCGGGAACAAAACACCCCCCACUUGUCUUGAUUGCCUAUCCCCCUGGAAAGAAGCUGAUGGUGCCACGUGUACGCUAUGCAAAUGGCCGGUUUGCGGAGAAACUUGUCAAUCAGGACUGUGGCAUUCAAUCGAGUGCUCUACACUUAGCAGGCUCAAAACUGUUCCUGUAUUUUCUUCAGACGUGUGCCCUGAGUUUGCAGGAAUAUUUUCUCUCCGUAUCUCCCUGCUAGCCAAGGAUCCAACGAAACGAGAUCAGCUGGACUUCCUGAUGGAUCAUGCUGAUGAUAUAAUCAAGGAUUCAAACUUUGAGUUGAACUGGGGUCCAGGUCUUGAACUUAUAUCUGAGGUUGAUGAUCUACCCUACUCUGGUGUACGGGGGGUAGGGAUAUUCUGUACAAAUGCUGUAUCUAUGCCACACAGAAAUGGCCGAUGGAUUUUUCCAACAUUUUCCUUUCUCUCCCAUUCUUGUGUCAGUAAUUCGAGAUUCUUCCUUCAUCAGGGUGAAAAAGUUCUUGUUCGGGCUCAGGUUGAUAUUCAGCCAGGAGAAGAGAUUACAAUCAGCUAUAUGGAACCAGGAGUAGGAGGAGUACUAAGAAGGAGAUAUAUCCAAGAGUUGUGGUAUUUCUGCUGCACAUGUCAACUUUGUUCAGAUCCAACAGAACUCGGAACAUAUCUUAGUGGAGUAAAGUGUAGAGAAUGCUCAGAUUAUCUACUACCUAAGGAUUCCUUAGAUAACAGCUGUUCCUGGGUCUGCAGUGGUUGCAAGGCUGAGAAGGAUGGGAAUACUAUGCAUGCUCUGGCAUCGGCUCUUAAUACAAAGAGUAAGAGUGUUGAAGGAAGAGAUGAAACAGUGAAUAUGAUCGAAACAUUAUUAUCUAUUCUUCAUCCGAACCAUUUUAUUCUACUCUAUCUAAAGGAGAAAUGGUUGAAGUUUGAUUGCUCUGAGAAGAAAGAUCUAGAAACUGGACUCAGAUAUGUUUCUGAAAUUAUUAAUAUUAGGAAGAUAAUUGAACCUGGACUCACUCUGAACCUUGGAGAAAAUAUGAAAGUUCUCAACCAGAUAAUGAUGAAGCUAGCAAAGCUGAAGCUGGAACUAGGAGAGAUAGAUAAAACUGAGUUUAUGAAGAUAACCCUAUCAGCUGCUCGGAACAUUACCUUUGCAAAACGAUGCUUUGAAGAUAAUUUGUAAUUUUACUGCAUUCCUAAUAAAAUCAGAACAAAGCUUGA